CCCUUCCCCAGCCUGUGGGGACUGCUGCAGAGUCAGCAGGUAGUGGGGGCAUGAAGGGAGAACCAGCCCCAGAACUGGGGUGUGGCCACAUGACCAAGCCCCUGGGGGGCACAGGGAGCUCCCCAUCCCCCAGCCUGGACUUCCAGUUUUGCCAAGGCGACCAGGUCUUCUCAGCCUGCAGACCGCUGCCAGACCCAGUGGAUACCCAUGGCCUGUCCUGUGCCAGCUGGCUAUGCCCCAUGCCCCUGGCACCAGCCCAGUCUGCCCUGCUGGCCUGUCCCCAGGGCCUGGACCUGUACCUGUGCAGCCUGCAGCCAGCAUCCCUGGGCACAGCCCUGCAGGGUCUCCGAGAUGACACCUUGAGCAUGAAGCACCAGCCACCAGGGCCGCAUGCCAGCUCCACCGAUGAUGAGAAACUCACGGCCAAGUCCCCGCCAAGCAGCGACAAGACGAAAAGCCAGCCGGAAAGGGCUAGCAAGGGCAGCCCCUGCCCAUCCUCCUCCCAUCACAACAGCUCUUCCCCAACUCCCUGUCAGAAUAAAAAGAAUCCCAGUUCCUCAGCUUUCUGUCCCUACCCCCCUCCCGCCCCCAUUUCCAAGGAGCUCCCACUCCACCUCCACCCCUUCUACCCGCUCCUUCUGCCUCCGCCUUACCUGUUCACCUACGGAGCCCUACCUUCUGUCCAAUGCCCCCAUCUCUUCAUACUGCCCCAAGAUACCACCUGCCCCACCAUGGCAGUGCCUGGGGUGCUGGUGGCCGCCAAUGACCCUGAGCACCACAGAGCCUGGGGGGAGACCCUGCUUCCCUCCCCAUGGGCCUUCCAAGCCUCUGGCCAAGCCCUGCCCCCCCAGGCCUGGAAUCCAGGCCCUAAAGCUGUCCGGAUCUGCUCCCCAGGACUGGAGCCUACCAGCAGGGUGGCUCCAGCCAAGCAGGCCCCACCGGGCUCCCGGACAGGCACCAAGGCUCUGCCCUACCCGCUGAAGAAACGGAAUGGCAAAAUCCUGUAUGAGUGCAACGUGUGCAGCAAGAACUUCGGGCAGCUGUCCAACCUCAAGGUCCAUCUGCGCGUGCACAGCGGGGAGCGUCCGUUCCAGUGUGAUCUGUGCCAAAAGAGCUUCACCCAGCUCGCUCACCUGCAGAAGCACCACCUGGUGCAUACCGGGGAGCGGCCCCACGAGUGCCCGGUGUGCCACAAGCGCUUCAGCAGCUCCAGCAACCUCAAGACCCAUCUGUGCCUGCACUCGGGGACCCGGCCCUUCCAGUGCAGCGUCUGCCAGAGCUGCUUCACCCAGCACAUUCACCUGAAGCUGCACCACCGGCUGCAUGCACCGCAGCCCUGCAGCCAAGCUCACACCCACCUGCCCCUGGCUUCCCUCACCUAUCUUGCCCCCUGGCGCAGGGGGGCACGCAAUCUCGUGGCAGCACCCUCAGAGAGGCAGAUAGGCUGGGACAUGGGCAAAGACAAGGUGUCCUCAGCACCCCAGGGGAAGCAAGGGCAGCCAACCUGAGUGGUGGUGCCAGGAAGGCCCAGGGGAGGGGACAGGGACAGAGCAAUUAAAGGAUUUUCUCUAUGAUGAGUUGAAACCUCCUAAGCGUCAACAGUGCAGGGGGAAGCCCCCGUGUAUUUGCCAAAGCCCAUGGCCCUUCUGGGAGCAGGUCAGGGGACACAGCCUGCAAGAGUUAGUGCUGCCUGUGCAUGGGGUAGCUGGCUGCAGCCGUCUAACUCAAGGCUGGGUUUGGCUUCCACUCCCUGUCUGACCCACCUGGGACCUGGUUCUCCACCUCAGCUUGCAGAUGGAAGGGCAGAUCCCC